GCGGCGGCGGCGGUGGGAGGGGGGGGCUGGGGGAAGCUGCUGCCCGCGCCCGCCCUCAGUCGCGCUUGCGGAGCCGCAGCCGAGCGCAGGGCGCAGCGCUGUCCCUUCAGCACUGCUCCCGUGCGCCUUACCGCGCGUCCCGACUCACGGAAACCGUGCCCCCGCCUCGCCGCCGCCCCCGCCCCCCCAAGCCGCAGCGCCCGGGCCGAGCCGCCGCCAGUGACCGCGUGGUUUGCAGUCUGGAAAACAAGGUCCAAGAAUGGUGAAGCUGGGGAGUAAUUUGAAUGACAAGAACAGCAAACAGCCAUCCAACGAAGAUGGUUUUCAGACAGUUCCUUUGAUCACACCAUUGGAAGUAAAUCACCUGCAGUUCCCGGCUCCGGAAAAGGUAAUUGUGAAAACAAGAACAGAGUAUCAGCCUGACCAGAAGAACAAAGGAAAACUCAGAGUGCCCAAAAUUGCUGAAUUCACAGUCAGUUUCACUGAUGGUGUAACAGAAAGACUAAAGGUCACUAUUCUCAUAAGCCUGGCUCUUGCAUUCCUUGCCUGCAUAGUGUUUCUUGUGGUAUACAAAGCCUUCACUUAUGACCACAGUUGCCCAGAUGGAUUUGUUUAUAAGCACAAGCGGUGCAUCCCGGCCUCUCUGGAUGCCUACUACUCUGCACAGGAUUCCAACUCCCGGGGCAGGUUCUACACCGUCAUCAGCCACUACAGCAUGGCCAAGCAGACCAGCUCCCGGGCUGUAUCGCCCUGGCUGCCUUCAGGAUCAGCAAACCACGAAGCCAAGGCUGCCAAGACAGAAGGUCAUUAAAGUUAACAAGUGGUGAUGGGCAAAGUAGGAGGGUGGGAGGACAACACCACGUCUGUACUGCGUUGCUCUAUCUGAGGGUGCUGUGGUAACAGCAUGACAAGAAUAAAUAAAACCCAAGUGCAGGAGUCAUCUUAAUGGAUAUUUCUUUUUGUGCAUUGUUCUUGUUGAUUUGUAACCAAGUCGAGCUCUUGUACAAAGGCAUGUUUGAUGUUGACUGUACCUUACGAUGUAAAAAUAUUUUUAAAUCAUUGCUUAACUAUUUGUUAGAAAAAAGAAAUUAAAAAACAAAAAAAGCAAAUUAGAUUAACAGCCAGAGAGGAUAAAAGCAGCAAAGAAAAUCCCACAAAGUUUUAUCAUUGCUGGAAAGCUGUGACAGAGGCUUAACACGCAGUGAAGGAAGAGCUGAAAUCCUUUGCAGAGAGAGGGUAGAAAGAGCCUGGUACAAAGACAUUGUGAUGUUGUUUAGCUUGCCAAAGGGGGGAUAUUUUGCUGUCAAACUGAAUGUAGCAUCAGUGUUCAUUUGCUGAUAGAGAAGUGCAAGCAUACCCUCCUCCCUCAAACAUACAAGUUAAACACACACACAUCCCACCCUGUGCAGUGGCUGAAGUAACUCCAGAAAGAUCCAGGCAUCCAUAAUGAGCUGCCACCAUGAUGGUGAUAUUGGCUGAGCUCUGAGGCUGGAAUCCUGGCUGCUGCUUGGAUAUGGAGCAGGAUGAAAGCAAGCAGAGGCUCAGGAUGAAGGGUCAGUGAGGGCUUUAUUUCUGCUUCUGGCACAGAUUUCCUGCAUGACCUUUGGCAAUGUACAUGAGGCUUCAUCCUUUGGGACCUCUCUCCUGAGAGUCACCAAAAGACAAAGAAAUACCAUUGUGAAUUUCAUAGCCUUUCAAGACUGGUGAUAGUAUGGAACAGUAUUGAACCUCUGUCUUUUCAGACCCUAAUUUUCCCCCACCCAUUAAGUAAGAUGCUCCUGCUGCUCUCCUUCAGCUUCAGAUACUUCAGCAUUUAGUGUCAUUCUAGGUAAUUAGAGAAGGAUGGCUGUAGCAUGUUCUCAGAGUACAAGGGUCCCAUCAAAUCUCUGCUCGCAAACACAGGCUGGGCCCCAAGCUUAAUCCAGGCCUGGCUGAUGUAAAGCAUCCUCUCUCCAUAAAUGUCAUGUGCAGCUACUGCUGACUGGUGGGAUUUAGAAAUGAAAAAGGAGUCUCUUUUUUUUCAGAGCUGCAAGCUGUUGCUGCAAAGCAGCUCUGCUCCUCGGUAGCGCAGGCAGGCUGAGACUGAGCAGCAGGAGCAGAGCACCCAAGGAGGGCAAGGGUGACAUUUGACUAAGGCUGCUUUUUCAGAUUCGUGGCUAGACUAGGAUGGAAAUUAGGAACUGACCCCUUCUUCCCCCCCCCAUUGGGCAGUUUUGUCCUCCAUUUUGCAGACACUAGAGGGUGUAAAUGAAGGCAGAACUCCUCAGUCCUACCAGGCGUCAUGAUAACUAACUGUAUAAUGUAGCUAAAACUGUAGUGCCAAAUGCCAUUGUCUGAUUUCCUCUCCUUCCUUCCCCUCCCACCCACCUGUAAAUUUCAUUUUUCACUCCAAAUGUACAAACCGCCCCCCCCCUCUGCCAACGAUCCAAACUCCAGCAACCACUGAACAGUUUAUAAUUUUGUGGUGUAUUUUUUGUCAGUAGGUAGCAGAGACUGAAGUAUUUUUUGGUGUAAUUCUUGAACUUUUCUGACAGGAUUAAAAUAAAGCUAGAUGUGACUGA